CGUGACCGUUUCUCUGCAGUGGGAGGAGAAUCGCGAUUGUCUUUGAAUGUACUCCGGUCCCGUCAGUCAGUGUGACUUCCUACCGGCUUAUCCACGAGUCCACCCGGCGUCGGUCAACACGGUAAAAUAUGAAGAUCUGGACGUCAGAGCACGUAUUCAACCAUCCUUGGGAGACCGUGACCCAGGCUGCUAUGCAGAAGUACCCCAACCCAAUGAACCCCAGCGUGAUCGGCGUGGAUGUUUUGGACAGAAGCAUCGACAGACAGGGACGCCUCCACAGUCAGAGGCUGCUCAGCACAGAAUGGGGCCUUCCAUCCAUAGUGAAAGCUAUCAUUGGCAGCUCCCGAACGUACACGUAUGUCAAGGAGCACUCAGUUGUGGAUCCCAGGGAGAAGACCUUUGAACUUCAGUCCUCAAAUAUCACUUUCACAAACAUGGUAUCUGUGGAUGAGAAGUUGACUUACAAGCCACACCCUGAGGACUCAGAGAAAACACUACUGACUCAGGAGGCCAUCAUCUCAGUGAAAGGUGUCAGUCUCAGCAGUUACUUGGAGGGAGUUAUGGCCACCAGCAUCUCUACUAACGCUGGAAAGGGCCGUGAAGCCAUGGAGUGGGUAAUCAAGCGAAUAAAUACAGAAAUUGAGGAGCUAGCAGCCACAGCACGUGGGACCAUGCGCACUCCAAUGGCUGCUGCUGUCACUGAGAAAUGACCCUGGCCACGAUUGUUGAGCAGAGCUUAAGAGAGACUGCAUGCCAGUACAACCAGCCUUCCUUCAUGCUGCACUGAAGCCGUUUCAGUGCUUUUGUUUGUUUUGUGUUACUGGAGGGUACAACUCAUCCAUCUCACAUGCUUUACAGUCUAGAUUACAUAUAUUUUUAACGGCUGACUGCGGCACAAAGGGAUCCUGUGCUCAGCAGGCUACAGUGAUGGGAGACUUUGGCAGGAUGAGAAUGUUGGUAGUAAACUCAGGGAAUAGUUUAAAAAUGUCUGUUAUCUGUAUAUUUGGAAACAUGUAGCACCGACAGACGCUUCCUGUGACCGGAAAGCACAACAGAAGUGCCACGCUACCUUUGCCACCACUGUUUUCUUUGUAGAAUAAGAAUACCAGUGAAUCAUCUCUGGCAUGAACUCUGUGUUUACAGCAACAAGAUUACCAGCAGGUAUGCGUCCGUAAACCAUAUAGAAAUGACUGAGGAAUGCUCCUGUUGAUGUAUGAUGUCAGACGAUACUAUGUUAAGGCAGGGGUCGCUGCAUGUUAAGGGUACGUGCAAGUGGUUUCUGAGAGUAAUUGGUAACAGUAAGAUGUUAGUGAAAUGUUUCAAUCACGUUUUUUUGUGCCAUCUCCUCAACAAUGUUCUCUUGCGGGACCUGAGUACUAAGGCACUCUGUACCAGGCAAUGCAUACAAGCCUUAAUGUAAACUGUAUUUUAUUGUUAUGUAGUAACUAAUAUUAACAUAUUUAAGUCGAAUUAAGGGAUCAAGUUACAUGCCAUAUUUAUGUUUUGAUGAAGUUUUGUAGAAGACCUUUUCCAACACUAAGAAUUAUACUGUACCUCAACAUGCUUCCUUCCCACAGCAUGUGUUAGUGUGGGCAGAGACCUCUGCUCUGGCAUUUAUUUGCACUUAAAAAAAAAGAAAGCUGCUACACAUGCUGUGGGAGUUAGUAAUUACGACCUACUGUUUAAGAGAAAAAUGUGGGUGUGUUUGAGAAGGUCUUGCUUUAUACAGUUGUCAACAGUGUUUCUUUAAUUUAAUUUUUUUACCUGUAACAGGAAUAUUUAUUUAGAGAAACCUUUUUUGAAUGAGUAAAUUGCGGCUAGGGUUGAAAGAUUUACAAUUUGCUAUGUUCAUGUUGUAAUUUGUGCAUUUUGCCUUGGUGCCUCUGAGAAAAAAUGGUUUCACCAAACGUUGAAUAUGGCAAUAAAAUAAUGUUCUAUAGAAA